GAAGGAGCCGGGGCGGCUGCGGGAAGUGGCCGGGCGGGAGGCGGGGACCUUGCGGGCGGCGCUGCGGCGGGGCUCGGCUGGCGGGGCUGGGCGGGCGUUGCGUUCGGAUGGCGACGUCGCGGACUGGGGCGGCCUGGGCCCGGGGCCGGCGCGGCGAGUCGCGGGGACGUGCAGCGGCCGCGAGGCGCCGCUGACCUGGCCGCGCGCGGAGAUCGGAGGCCUAGGAGCCUGAAUUCUAGCCAGCUGGGCCUCCCUGACUCUUUAAGGAGACUGCUGGACUUUGGGAGAGAGGUAUCACCUCAUUUGGAAAGCUUUGGGAAACAGAAGAAAAGUUUUGAACAAAAUGUCAACUUUUCGAAGUCACUGUCCACAUUUGGAUUCAGUUGGUGAAAUAACAAAAGAUGAUUUAAUACAAAAAUCUCAUGGCACAUGUCAGGAUUGUAAAGUCAGAGGACCAAAUCUUUGGGCAUGCCUGGAGGAUAGAUGUCCUUAUGUUGGCUGUGGUGAAUCCCAAGUAGAUCAUAGCACCAUACAUUCUCAGGAGACAAAGCAUUAUCUAACUGUGAACCUUACCACUCUUCGAGUGUGGUGUUAUGCUUGCAGCAAAGAAGUAUUUUUGGACAGGAAACUAGGAACUCAACCUUCUUUGCCUCCUGUAAGACAGCUACACCAAACGCAAGAAAACAAUGUUCAGGAUUUUAAAAUACCCAGUAACACAACACUAAAAACUCCUUUGGUUGCUGUAUUUGAUGAUCUGGACAUAGAAGUGGAAGAAGAAGAUGAACUUAAAGCAAGAGGUCUUACAGGUUUGAAAAAUAUUGGAAAUACUUGUUAUAUGAAUGCGGCUUUGCAGGCUCUUUCUAAUUGCCCACCUUUGACACAAUUUUUUCUUGAUUGUGGAGGACUAGCUCGAACAGAUAAGAAACCUGCUAUUUGUAAAAGUUACCUCAAGUUGAUGACGGAAUUAUGGCAUAAAAGCAGGCCAGGAUCUGUUGUUCCUACUAAUUUGUUCCAAGGAAUCAAAACUGUAAAUCCAACAUUUCGAGGAUAUUCGCAGCAGGAUGCUCAAGAAUUCCUUCGAUGUUUAAUGGAUCUUCUUCACGAGGAAUUGAAAGAGCAGGUCAUGGAAGUAGAGGAAGAUUCCCAAACUAUAAACACUGAGGAGACCAUGGAAGAAGACAAGAGCCAGUCGGAUGUGGAUUUUCAGUCCUGUGAAUCUUGUAGCAGCAGUGAUAAAGCAGAAAAUGAAAAUGGCCCUAGAGGCUUUUCUGAAGAUAAUAAUGAAACUACAAUGUUGAUUCAAGAUGAUGAUAACAACUCAGAAAUAUCAAAAGAUUGGCAAAAAGAGAAGAUGUAUAAUAAGAUUAAUAAAUUAAAUUCUGAAGAAGAAUUAGAUAAAGAUAAAGACUCAGUGUCAGGAACAGUCGACUUGAACCAGGAAACUGUCAAAGUGCAAAUACACAGUAGAGUUUCAGACUGCAUCACUGAUGUCCAUUUGAAUGACCUGUCUACACCACAAAUCCUCCCAUCCAAUGAAAGUGUUAAUCCACGUUUGUCAGCAAGCCCUCCUAAAUCUAGCAACUUGUGGCCUGGAUUAGCAACCACACACAAGAAAGCUCAAACUGCCUCAUCUCCAAAGAGGAAAAAGCAGCAUAAGAAAUACCGAAGUGUUAUUUCAGACAUAUUUGAUGGAACAAUUAUUAGUUCAGUGCAGUGUCUGACCUGUGACAGGGUAUCUGUAACCCUGGAGACCUUUCAAGAUUUGUCCUUGCCAAUCCCUGGCAAGGAAGACCUUGCUAAACUGCAUUCAUCAAGUCAUCCAACUUCUAUAGUAAAAGCAGGAUCAUGUGGAGAGGCGUAUGCUCCACAAGGCUGGAUAGCUUUUUUCAUGGAAUAUGUGAAAAGGUUUGUUGUCUCAUGUGUCCCUAGCUGGUUUUGGGGUCCAAUAGUAACCUUGCAAGAUUGUCUUGCUGCUUUCUUCGCCAGAGAUGAGCUGAAAGGUGACAAUAUGUACAGUUGUGAGAAAUGCAAAAAGUUGAGGAAUGGAGUAAAGUUUUGUAAAGUACAAAAAUUUCCUGAGAUUUUAUGCAUCCACCUUAAAAGAUUCAGACAUGAAUUGAUGUUUUCCACCAAAAUCAGUACCCAUGUUUCAUUUCCACUGGAGGGUUUGGAUCUCCAGCCAUUUCUUGCUAAAGAUAGUCCAGCUCAGAUUGUUACUUAUGAUCUUUUGUCAGUGAUUUGUCAUCAUGGAACUGCAAGUAGUGGACACUAUAUUGCCUAUUGCCGAAACAAUUUAAAUAAUCUGUGGUAUGAAUUUGAUGAUCAAAGUGUUACUGAAGUUUCAGAAUCCACUGUACAAAAUGCAGAAGCUUAUGUUCUUUUCUACAGAAAGAGCAGUGAAGAGGCACAGAAAGAGAGGCGAAGGAUAUCAAAUUUGUUAAACAUGAUGGAACCAAGUCUCCUUCAGUUUUAUAUUUCUCGGCAGUGGCUAAAUAAAUUUAAGACCUUUGCUGAACCUGGCCCUAUUUCAAAUAAUGAUUUUCUCUGUAUUCAUGGAGGUGUUCCACCACGAAAAGCUAAUUACAUAGAAGACUUGGUUUUGAUGCUGCCUCAGAACAUCUGGGAUAACCUAUAUAGCAGGUAUGGAGGAGGACCAGCUGUCAACCAUCUGUACACUUGUCAUACAUGCCAAAUUGAGUUAGAGAAAAUUGAAAAAAGAAGAAAAACUGAAUUGGAAAUUUUUAUUCGGCUCAACAGAGCAUUCCAAGAGGAGGACUCUCCAGCUACUUUUUAUUGCAUCAGUAUGCAAUGGUUUAGAGAAUGGGAGAAUUUUGUGAAGGGUAAAGAUGGAGAUCCUCCAGGUCCUAUUGACAAUACUAAAAUUGCAGUCACUAAAUGUGGAAAUGUAAUGCUCAGGCAAGGAGCAGAUUCUGGACAGAUUUCUGAGGAAACAUGGAAUUUCUUACAGUCAAUAUAUGGUGGGGGUCCUGAAGUGAUCCUUCGUCCGCCAGUUGUUCAUGUUGACCCUGAUAGCCUACAAGCUGAAGAAAAGAUUGAAGUAGAAACUCGGUCAUUGUAAUUUUGAAGAUGAUAGUUUAUAAGAAUUUGUUUUCACAUCCCAUAUAUAUACAUACAAAAAACAUUCCAAAAAAGCAUGUGAAUCAUCUUGUUUUUCUAAUCCUUUUUUGUUAUUUCUUGUUACUGGGCAUUAUCGAAGAAUGUGUUAAAAUGUAUAAUAUGCUAUAAUACACAGGUUGCUCUACGUCAUGUUAAAUAACUUAACCACAACUCUUUCAGUGUAAUAUUUUUGAAAGGAGGGACUACUUGUGAUCAUUUGGUAAUCAGUAGCUUAUUUUUGAUCUUUAUACUACAGGCAAAUCCAUAGUAUUCUUUGUAGUGUUGUAAAUACUUUGCUUUGAAAACUUUUUCAUGAGCCUGAACUUCUCUGAGCAAUCUUUUCACUUCUCCAGGAAUCUUAAUUUAAUUGUAUAGUUUUGACACGGCUUCAUAUCAUAGAGAACCUAUUUAAAUUGAGAGUUGUAGUCAGAAAAAUGUUAAUUUCCUAAAGCUCAGGAAACAUUAGGGUGUUACUUAUUUUGCACUGGAACAUAUGAACUAGCAUAUUAAUAUUUAAAAAUGUUGAUUUUUAAUUUAUUUAAAUUUAAUCAAUAAAACAUUAAUAUUUAAAAUGUCUUUUUGAAUGUAUCAAGGAUGUAUUUAGUUUGGAAUUUGUGUCAGCAAAUAUCAGUAACUUAUUGCCUCUUAUAAUGUAAAAUGUUGAAUUUCAAUUCCUAAAAUCCUAAAUACUAUUUAUUAAUAUCAAUAAAUGACUUAGAGAUAGUUACUAGGGCACUUUUGUUUUGAGAGCAUGAAGUAUGGAAUGUGUUCAUGAAAUUGUUGAUGAAGCUGCAGCCACUUGCAAAUGAUUCUUUUAAUUACUUACAUAAAUUAAAAAUAAUAUAGUAUGCCCUGCUACUUGCUUAUGUGAUGUCAAACUAUAUUCCAAGUACAAAAUCAAACUGGAUUACUUUGAAAAUUUUGGGUAGCAUUCAUGAUGGCUUUGUUUUGGUUUGGGCCAGCUACCACGGCUAAAAUAGUUAAAAUUAGUUCAAUAAAAUCGAUUUAAAAAUGUAAAA